UGGUUAAUGUACACAUGCAGAACGUUUUCUGUGCAGUUUGUAAUUAGGAGCAGAGAAUAGAAUAUACAGUUUGUACAGUAUAAACCCAACAUCUGUGUGUUUGUGCUCUUUUUCAGUAAGUGAUUUGAGGAUUGUUCUGCUAGGAAAGAACGAAUCUGAAAACGGUAAAGUGGGAAACAUUAUACUGGGUACAACUGCGUUUCAGAGUAAAGCCCUGUCUUAUUCACAGCAUCUCAAUGAGAAAAUCAGUGGACAGGUUGAGAAGAGACACAUCACAGUCAUCAAAACUAACCUGCUACAGACACAUCUCCCACAGCAUCAGAUAAGAAAUGGAGUGAGAGAUUGUGUGUCUCUGUCUGCUCCUGGACCUCAUUCGAUCGCACUCAUACUGCAGUAUAAGGACUUCACAGAGGAGGACAUGAGAAGUGUGUAUUAUGUGCUGAGUCUCUUCAGUAUGCAGGCCAUUAAACACACAAUAGUGGUGACAACUGAUGAAGACUCUAUUUCAUCCAAAAUCACCUCAAAGCUAUGGAAUAAUGUUAUUCAUAAUUUAAUAAAGGACUGUGGAGGAGGACAUCUUAAGUUUGAUUCAAAAGACUCAGGAUGGCGCUCUGAGAUUUUGAAAAGGACAGAGGAUAUACUCAAGAAAGAAAAUGAAGAAUUUCUCAUCUGUAACAUAUAUGAAGAUGGAGGUGAUGGAUCAUCAGUGGAUGGAGAUCUGAGCAGAUCUGGAAGUUCAGGCAGAGAUGAUGACAAACAUGAAGAGGACCAUGCUGAGAGCAUAAAAACAGGACGUGGUGGAGGAGUGACGACUACUGGAAAAGCGAAGCUGAACUUUGUGAUGUGUGGAAAUAAUGCAACACUCAAGUCUUCAGUGUCUAAAGCCUUUCGAGGGACUAUCAAUAAACAAAAGAAUAAACUUUUACCUCAAAGAGAGAGGAGUAAUGUGUGUGUGAAGAAAGAGGAGAAGGCACAUGGACGGCAGAUCAGUGUAAUAGAGCUUCCAGCUCUCUCUCAGCUCUCAGACGAGGAAGUGAUGUGUCAGACUCGCAACUCUGUGUCUCUCUGUGAUCCUGGAGUUCAUGUUUUCAUCCUCGUUACUCCUGUCAGUCCACUUAAUGAGGAAGACAAAGCAGAAAUGGAGAAGAUUAAAAGAAUAUAUAACUCUAAAGAGCAUUUCAUGGUGCUUUUCACUACUGAACUCAGUAUUGACAAAAAAAUCACAGAUUUUGUAGAAUCUACAGAAUCUCAGAGGAUUGUGAGUCUCUAUGGGAGUUGGCACAGUGUGAUGGGGUUAAAGGACCAGAGAAGCUCAGAACAGAUCUCAGACCUGUUUGAUUGUAUAGAGAGGAUGAAGACUGAGCCCUAUUCCCUUCAGAUGUACUUGAGAGCUCCAGAGAAGAGAGUCAGAGAAGAGCUAGAGGAAAAACUGAGUGUGAGAGACAAAGAAAUCAAAGAGUUACAGCAGAAGAUCAAAACACUGGGUGAGUGGAUUCAUUUUUCUGGAUUAAGAAUCUUUGUGAAAAUUAAGUUUGAACCCCUAUUGUCACAUGGAUUAUUUUAACAAUCCCUUUGCUUUGUUUCUGGAUGUUGACCGUGUUAAUUUACAUUGAUGUCUAUAUGAGGGUUAGAGACGUGUCUGAAUCCAUCAAAAAUAUCUUAUUUUGUUUCCCGAAAACAAACUAAGCUUUUAUGGGUUUGGAACAACAUGGUGGUAAGUGAUUAAUGAGAAAAAUGUAAAUUUUGAGGUGAAGUAACCCUUUAAAAAAUAUGAUUCCCAAAGAAAAGCUUCUUAGGAACCAGAAUCUAAAAUCAUAUAAAUAUAAUUGUAAUGCUUCUUGAGUUACAGGCACACAAACUUUGGAAAAAGAAUAUUUAUGACACUCUGACAGUUAUGUUCAAUGCAGUUGUUUUGACGGAAGGAAAUGAGAUACAACUCUGUUCCCAGCGUUAUGUGUUCUUUAGACAUUUCUCUUUAAAAUAAAGAAGUAUAAUUUUUGCAAAGUGACCCACAUUUGGUUUUUGAUCACAGAAACUGUGCACAUUUGAACAAUUUUCUCCUGUAACCGUACUGAAAUUCCAUUAUCUCUAAACUGAACUAUAUAGAGCCUUAACAAUUUAGAUGCACAAAGGAAAGUUUAAGACCCAAUAUCUAAA